AUGUCAUCGCCUCCGAGAAUUCCAAGUCCGUCGAGGACACCACCACUAUCGCCUCGUGCAAAAUCCCACUCGAAACAGCCGUCGGUUCAAAAUGUGCCAGCGACACCGAGUAGACUCCGCGAGGCAGUGGCCAUGUCGCCAGAAGAUGAUCACAUACCAGCAGAAUCGAAUGGUCAGAGCUCAAGGACCAGCGGUGCUCCUUCCAUACUCGACCCGAGCACGAGCGAUGCCACAACCGCAGAUGCGACCUUCUCAACUCGAAAAGACAGUCGUAAUGCACAAGGCUUCGUACAGGAACCAGCAUCUAUGGAUGAAAACGAGCGUACACGACUGCUGCAGAGUUAUCACGACCCACGUAUAUGUGGCCUCAAGGACUGCAACCAUGGCACAUUCUCUCCACGAGCACCCUCAAUACGCAGCUACACCAAUUCGAGCAUGAACGACUACGGCUUCGGUGGAGCACGCCCGUAUUACCACACAAGAGACACAAGUCGCAGCCUGUUGGGAGGUUCAGUCGUCGAUAGUCUGGCCGGGACUAAGAAUUCGAGCACUACUGCAUGGCUGGCGUCAAAGCAUGGCAUUAAGAGUCAAGGGUGGAUGUAUUUAAGAUACUACUUCCCAUUUCUCAAGUGGAUCACACAAUACAGGAUGUCUUGGCUUCAAGGAGACCUGAUAGCUGCAUUGACCAUGGCCUCGUUCUACAUCCCAAUGUCACUCUCAUACGCAUCCAACCUGGCACAUAUCCCUCCAGUCAAUGGCCUGUAUGCAUUCGUCUUCAAUCCCAUCGUGUAUGCCUUCCUUGGCACUUGUCCGCAGAUGGUGGUUGGACCCGAAGCCGCGGGCUCUCUCCUUGUUGGUCAGGUUGUUCGCUCCUGGAUCGAAUCGGGCAGGUCUGAUGACGACAACAACGUCCUGAAUGCCCAAAUCGCAGGUGUGGUUACCAGUAUAGCAGGAGCUGUCAUUCUGCUCGCAGGUUUGACCAGACUCGGCUUCCUCGACAGUGUGCUUAGUCGACCAUUUUUGCGUGGUUUCGUCAGCGCCAUCGGUUUUGUCAUCCUUAUCGAUCAAGCUCUUCCUGAACUCGGCCUGAGGGCGCACAAGGUCUCACACGCCAGCAGCUGGGAGAAACUCGUAUUCAUCGUCAAAAAGGCUCACAAAGCACAUAAGCUGACAGCUGCCGUGUCAUUCGGAAGCUUCGCUAUUAUCAUGGUCUUCAGGGAGGCCAAGCGAAGAUUACAGCCGAGAUACCCGUCAGUAGCAUACUUUCCAGACCGCUUUCUUGUUGUCGUAGGCUCGGCAAUUCUGGCCUGUCAGUGUGGAUGGGACAAGCAGGGCUUAGAACUACUUGGCGACGUCAAGGCAGGUGGAGGAUCAGGUAUUCCAUUCCACUGGCCAAUCCGCAACUCUCAUGUGAAGCACAUUGAUACUGCACUUGGGACAUCUGUACUGAUCGCGCUUCUCGGCUUCUUCGAGUCUUCAGUAGCUGCCAAGAGUCUGGGCGAGGGCACAUCUGGGCUGAAGGGUAUGACUUUGAGCGCAAAUCGUGAGAUGAUAGCUCUUGGCACAGCAAACGUGCUUGGAGGAUGUUUCAUGGCACUCCCGGCUUUUGGAGGUUAUGGACGCAGCAAGGUCAAUGCGGCUACAGGAGGAACCACUCCCAUGGGCAGCAUUCUGCUGAGCUUGAUUUCGCUGUUCUGCGUCUGUUUUCUCCUACCCUACUUCUACUGGAUUCCGAAGGGUGUUCUGUCAGCCAUGGUUUCGGUCGUUGCGUACUCUUUGAUCGAAGAGGCACCUCACGACAUAAAGUUCUUCUUCAAAAUUCGGGGUUGGGGAGAACUUGCCCUCAUGUCGAUCAUUUUCCUAGCCACCAUUUUUUACUCUUUCUCAGUCGGCAUUGCGCUAGGCAUCUCGCUGUCUUUACUUGCAGUUGUCAAGCACGCAGCGAAACCUCGGAUCCAGAUUUUGGGCAGGAUCGAGGGUCAACCCAAUCGCUUCGAAAACGCAGAACAUUACCCCGAAACCAUUGAACAUGUCGAAGGCUGUCUCAUCGUCAAGAUUCCGGAACCAUUGACGUUUGCCAACACUGGCGACCUACGCACUCGCCUGCGUCGCCUUGAGCACUACGGCACUAACCUCGCUCAUCCUUCCUUACCACAAGUACGACACGAAGACAACAACAAAAACAUUAUAUUCGAUGUUCACGGCGUCACUAGUAUAGACGGGUCAGGUACACAGGUUCUAGCCGAGAUUGUAAAGUCGUACGUCGACAAAGGCACACGUGUAAUCUUCUGUAGGUUGCAAAGAAGGAAAGGUAAAGUUUACCAACGAUUCGAAGACAGCGGAAUAGUGGAGAUGUGUGGUGGGUGGCAGCAUUUCGUGUCGAGUGUAGACGAAGCAUUGAAAAUGGCAGAGGUGGAGGACUUGACGGGAUAUCUUGAGGAAAGAACGAGGCAGCAGAGGUAA